UUUGAUGGCCGGCGGCACCGUGAAUCCAUCACGGGCAUAAUGCCUCCUCAUCCUUCCUCGCUAUCAUCCACUCCAUGUCCUCCCCCAUCCCCACUUCUUCAUCUUCCUUGGCAGUGCAAGCCUUGCUCGUUUCCAAGCAUCGUCAUCUCCCGACAACACCUCAGGAAAGUCCGAGGAAGCAAGCUCGUCAAAAGUUUCGGGCAGAGCAGAGAUUGGCACGGCUCUGUCGAUGGAACUAGCGCAAUGGUAACAGAGCCGAGUGAAGUGCGGGAGCCAGAGAAUCAGGAACACGGGCAGAGAAACUGCACGGUUCGGGUUCAGUACUUAGCCGAAAGAAUCAGGGCGUUGCCUGCUGGGGACAGGGUCGAGUUCGUCCGUCUCCUGCGGCGAGAUGGGCAGAUGGGGAGCUUGUCCGGGGUCAACGAUCUGCUCGCGGCUUUGGCCAUGGCGCACGAGCCCGACACCGCCUUGCAAGUGUUCGACGAAAUGCCGUCUCGUGGGUUGGUCCCGGACACGUGGACGUUUUCGACCGCGAUCGUCUGCCACUGUUUGAAGAACGAUUUAGAUGAUGCUACACGAAUCUUGGACUUCAUGGUGGAGAAUGAGCUCUGCCCAAGCGUCGCGACUUUCACGACCCUCGUGAAUUCGUUUUGCAGAAAGGGCAAAAUGCAGAUGGCUUUGGAGGUGAUCGGCCUGAUGAACAAAGCUGGUUGCGAGCCCACAAUCCAGACGUACAAUUGCUUGAUCAAAGGGUUGUGUUACGUUGGGAGGGUGGAGGAAGCAUAUGAGAUGUUGGAGAGCAUCAAGAAGGAUUCGAUUUCGAUCAAGCCGGACAUAUACACGUACACAGCUGUUAUGGAUGGGUUUUGCAAAGUGGGCAGGUCACCAGAGGCCAUGGAAUUGCUUGAUGAAGCUCUAGAGGCAGGGUUGUCUCCGAAUGUUGUCACUUACAAUACUUUGUUCAAUGGGUAUUGCAAAGAAGGGACGCCAAUAAAAGGCUUUGGUGUGUUGAAGCUGAUGAAGGAGAGAGAUUGCGUGCCAGACCGCAUCAGUUAUAGCACCUUGAUUCACGGCUUGUUGAAGUGGGGGAAAAUAAGGGCUGCAUCGAGGGCUUACAAAGAGAUGGUAGGACAUGGUUUUGAAGUUGAAGAGAGGAUGUUGAACACAUUACUGAGGGCUUUGUGCAGGAUUUCUUGGAAGGAGAGAGACCUAUUGGAUGACGCCUACCAGAUGUUCGAGAAAAUGAGAAGCAGGGGUUGUGUUAUCGAUGAGAGCUCUUAUGGAUUUAUCAUACAAACGCUUUCCGUGGGGAAUAGAAAUGAAGAAGCUUUGUUCAAUAUGGAGCACAUGAUGACACUAGGGCAUUCACCAAAAAUGAUUAGUUUAGCUAGAGUGGUGAGAGCACUUUGCAGGGAGGGAAAGCUGGACAAGGCUUUGUUGGUCCUGAUGGAUGAGAGAUUGGGGCAUCCCAGUAAAGAAGUGUACAACGUCAUUAUAAACGAGUUUAAUCAACAACGAAGGUGGUUAUGCGCUCGUAAUGUGUAUGGUAUGGCAUUGAAGCAAGGUGUCGUUCCCGAGAAGAAGCCCGAAGGUGCCAAUGGAAGAGUCUUGGCUAGCUCAUGACUGUAACCACCUUCUUGUGUCAUGACAUUGACAGUAACCACCUACAUAAGGGAGAUGGCCUCAUAGUUCCAAGUGGCCUCGGUGUGACAAUAGCUCUGGAAUUGAAGUCAUCAACGGAGCAAUGCUUCUUAAUGUUACGUCCGUUAACACCAAUUGUGUGUGAUGGUUGAACCUUUUGGUUGGCCAGCUUCUUUCUUUGGCCCACGACACUUUUCAUUUAGUCUCAAGUGUCAAAGCAAGCAAAUUAUCUUCCA